AUGGCCCCAGGCAUCAUCAGCGACGAUACCGUCGCCAUUGUCAGCACUCCGCUGGAAUACGCAAACGACGGUGCCAUGCCCUUUGCGAAGACGACCAAGAGUCAACCUUUAUUGCCGUCAAAGGAAAUAUACCCCAACGAGAACAAUAGCAACAGCCACAGCAACGGUGCCCUCGACACCGAAGACCACGCCCACGCCCUCGACGCAGCAGACCCACUGCGCGAAUUCCGCGCUAAAUUCAUCAUUCCGACGCAGGCGUCGUUGAAAGGGCGAACCUUCCCCUUGCCGUCCCCUGGAGACGCAGCAAAUUCCUCCAACGGCAACAAGAGCACCGAUCAGGCCAUCUACUUCUGCGGCAACUCCCUGGGCCUGCAGCCGAGAUGUACGGCUCAAUACAUCCAAGCCCAGCUCGACACGUGGGCGGCGCUGGGGGUGGGCGGACACUUUGCCGAAGUCGCGCACUCGCCGCUGCGGCCCUGGCAGGCCAUGGCCGAUGUGGCCGCCGAGCAGUCAUGUCGGCUUGUGGGCGCCCGGCCUGGGGAAGUGGCCGUCGCGAACACCCUCACUGUGAAUCUGCAUUUGCUGAUGGCCUCGUUCUAUCGGCCCACGACACGACGGAAUAAGAUCCUGUUGGAGUGGAAAGCUUUCCCCAGCGAUCAUUAUGCAAUCGAAUCCCAAAUCUCGUGGCACGGCCAUGACCCGAAAGAAGCGAUGAUUCUGGUCGAGCCGGACCAAGACCAUAUCAUCUCGACCGAGAAGAUCAUAUCCGUUAUCGACAUGCAUGCCGAGGAGAUUGCUCUGAUCUUGCUUCCCGGCGUGCAAUACUACAGCGGCCAGUUCCUCGACGUGGCGCGCAUCACGGCUCAUGCCCAUUCGCGCGGCUUGGUCAUUGGGUGGGAUUUGGCGCACGCGGCGGGUAACAUGCCCCUCCAGCUGCAUGAUUGGAGCGUCGACUUCGCCGCUUGGUGCACGUACAAAUACAUAAACGCCGGGCCCGGGUCGAUUGCCGGGCUAUUCGUGCAUGAGAGGCAUGGGAAGGUCGAGUACGCGAAUGGCUCGGGCGAGCCCGUGUUCCGCCAUCGCUUGACGGGGUGGUAUGGCGGGGACAAAGCGUCGCGGUUCCAGAUGGACAAUAAGUUUCGACCCAUCGCUGGAGCUGGAGGCUUCCAGAUCUCCAAUCCAUCGGCGAUUGAUCUGACGGCCUUGUGCGCUUCGCUAUCUGUCUUUCGAGAGACCUCGAUCCAAGACCUGCGGCAGAAGUCAUUGAAAUUGACGGCUUACCUGCAACAUCUGCUGCUGAAGGAUACCCCGACCAGUGACCGAGACCGACCUUUCCGUAUCCUCACGCCGCUUGACCCUUCCCAGCGAGGAGCUCAACUCAGCUUGCUGCUCAAGCCGGGCUUACUGGAGAAAGUGGCCGCCAAGUUGGAGGAGGCAUGCAUAGUGGUGGACCAGAGAAAGCCGGACGUCAUCCGCGUUGCGCCUGUGCCGCUGUACAAUUCUUACCAUGAUGUGUGGGUGUUUGUGCGAGUGUUCAAGGAGGCUGUGGGAGUAUAA